UUCAGAAUUCCUUAAGUUGGCAUGAAUCAGUUGCAAGCUUUGCAUUAGUUCUCUAGAAUCAAGGUUUAAGUUUAAUUGAGCUGUCCAUAAAAAGGUUGACCUGGACUUCUCUUUCAUGACAAAUGACAUCCAACCUCAAUCUUAAGUGAAGUGCCUCCUAGGUCUUUGCUGAAUUGGAGAUCGAAUCAUGUCUGCUAGUUACUUAUUCACAAAUUUAUUUAUGUGCCAAGUGAAGCAAGGAAGUUCCUGAAAUAGCACUAGAAGUAUGAUAGUCUGCUCAUUGCAGUCAAGCCUGACUAUAAGCGUCAUACUAGCUGCCUGUCUCCCGACAACAGUUUGUUUGGAUGUUGAUUUGCAUUUAAGAAGGUAGUCAAUAAACAUCACGACGUUGACAUGAUUCUUGUUUUAUGGUUAUUAAACCUGGCCAAAACAAACACUCUUUCGACAAGGGUUUCUGCUCACGUGAUCUUGCUGCUUGAGCUAUUCUGUAGUAUAUGUUGACUACUUGACUCAUCUGCUUUUCUGUCGGAAUACUUGCCGUUGACAUCUUCAAAAUUGGUCCUUGAAAUCUUUGCCUUGAUCUGAUCCCAUCUGCUGUUUUGAUCGAGACAUGUACUGCUUUCCUGAUAACGGCCAUCUUUCUAUGGUUUCUCUGAAUCAGUCUGGUUUAUGUGAAGGUGAGCUAUCAACUGUGGAUGUAAUCCAUGCCUUGUGAACGUGAGCUAUCAGGAUCAUGUGAUGUUGUCCAUCACAUCCUUGUGAAGAUCUCUUUCCAAGGCCAUGGCUAACUAAAUCAGUCCUUAACAUCUACUACAUCUUUAGUCCAUAUGGCCUUAUGGACGCUCUGAUCCCAUCUUUUGUUUCGGUCGAGACAUGACAUGUGCUGCUUUCCCGAUAAUUCUCAUUUUUGCAAUGUUUCCAUGAAUCAUCUGGUACUCUGGUUUUAUGUGAACGUGAGCUGUCAGUUUUUGCAAUGUGAUACUAUCCAUGGCCUCUUUUUCUUUUUUCUUUUUCUGUGAAGUACUCUUGAAACUUGAAAGGGCCAAAGGCCAAGCCCAAACUGAGCUAAGAUGCAGGACGCAAGGUUUGAAUGAUCAAGAGCGACUAGCCUGUUCCAGUCUUCCAGAGGAUGAGAUAUGGAUGAUGGCAUCUUGUGAUCUGCGAAUCUUACGGUCGCCUUCUUCUUUCGGCAGAGAAUAUAUCCUGUUCUGUCUUUUACUAGUUCCGGGAAGGCACGAAAGUACGUAACCAACAGGAUAGAGAAGCAUCUGUACCUUUUCAUUGCACUGAGCAUGAUUUUUCAGCGCCCGGUUUAUCUGAAAAUUGAACGUUUAUCAAUUACAAUACUUAUAACACGCGUUCUGUAUUGCGGUUUUGUAUUGGAGAACCCUGAGCUGAGACUUAACUCUUCUCGGGUUCUUGACAUGCGCUUUGUCCAUACAAUGUGUUACACUGUUAGUCUGUUGGAAACUGAUGGGUCAGGUAACUGAGAAAAUUUCUUAUUUGCCAUCAAAAUUUACAGUGCUUCCCUAUUUGCCAUUGAGAAAGUUUUUUUUCCUUAUUUGCCAUUGAGCUAAACUUCGUUUCACUUCCUGCCACUUCCGUCUAUUCCGUCAUGAUCUGUUACGCAGAGGCAUACAAUUUUUUUUUCAUAUUGGCUAAACUGCCCCUUGCUCCCUUUCCCUUCCCUUUCUAUUUCUCUCCCCCGUGCUCCCUUUCUACCCCAAAUUUCCUCUCUCCCCACGCUGUCCUCACCAAACCCUAGAUCGGACGCUCUCCUCACCACGCUCUCUCCCCGCCUGGCUGCUCCUGCGCUGAGGGGCCGCACUGGCCGCACCCCCGCUCACGCGUGCAUGAGCACGCCGGCGCUGGAGGAAGGGUGGGCGGGCGUGGCCGCGCCCCCCCACAGGAGCGGCAGGGAGCCCGGCGGUCCCCCUCCCGAGGCGCCCAGGGAGCCUGGCGGUCCCCUUCCCGAGGCGUCCAGGGAGCCCAGUGACUCCAUGCGACCGCUGGCGCUGGAGGAGCUGUGGGCGGCAGGGGCCGCGGCCCCCCACACGAGCAGCGCAGACGGCAUGUGCGCCCCAGCUCCCGCGCUGCCCAGGGGCAAUCCGUCGCAGCCGCCGGCGCUAGAGGAGCGGCGGGCGGUAGCGGCCGCGCCCCCCGCGGGAGCAGCCCAGGUGCGGAGCUUGCCCUCUGUGGGAGCCUCGCCGGAGCAAGCAAAUGGCUAUUGGAAGGGUGAGUACUCGCGAAUGGCUUGGUUUUCCAGCACAAUAUUUUUUUCCUUUGUUUCAAGAUGUUGCUAGUUCAGUAGAAAUAGAAGAGAUCCAACAAAAUUUGAGUUAGUUUUAUUAUUUUGGUUGAUAGGAUGGAUGCUAGUUCAAGUUACUUACUAAAAAUUAGAAUUAUUGGCAACCCAAAAAAGGUUAGGAAUGAUGUCACUUGUUUUCUGUUCGAGAAGGUUGUUGAUUCAGACACGACAAAUUUUAAGGAUUUCAUUGAGUCCAUCGUAAACCAGUAUCCCCCAGGUUACCAGAAAGUUGUUCAUGUGCACUAUUAUGAUAGUUAUUUGGCAGCUUUUCCUAAAGUUAAAACAGACCAAGAGUUGCUGUCAAUGUUUCAGAAACACACCGAGAACAAGGUUGUUGACAUGGCCAUUACAUACAAUGAUCCUUUGGAACCAUAUAUACCAAUCACUAAGUGGCCUGGUGCUAGUGAUGUUGAUUCUGAUUUUACUUGUGAUCCAAAGCAAAAGCAGCCUAUGAACAAAGGAAAGCAGCCUAUGAACAAAGGAAAGCCUGAACCUGAGGACGAAAAUUGUCCAAAUCCAUUACUAGAGAAUGAGUACGUAGAUAUUGAUGAGGAGAGCACGUACUUGGGCAAGGAGCCUGCGGAUGAUGUUCCAAGCAAGGGCGAGGACAAGGACGCAGACUAUGUGGUAGAAGAAGAUUCUGAUUCAGGUUCAGACUCUGAGAUGGAUGAUGAAAAUGAGGUAGAAGGGAUGGAGCCUAUAGAUGCAGAUUAUGAUAAAAAUGACCCUCCAAUGCAUGUUGGGAUGACAUAUCCAAAUAUUCAAGUAUUUAAGUUGGCAUUAGCUCAACAUGCUAUCAAACAUGAGUUUGAAUACAACACAGAAAAGAGCGAUAAGGGCAGAUUCAGAGCCUAUUGUACAAGGAAGCAAGAAGAUAACUGCCCCUGGAGGUUACAUGCUUCUACAAUGGAUGACAAGCAAACUAUAAAGGUAACACGUAACCCUUUUGGUCAUAUCUGUUCAAGCACUAGAAGGAAAGAGAAAGCGAAGAAUGCAUCCAAGCAUUGGGUAUGUGACAAGGUGAAGGGCUGGUUACUUGAGGAUCCAAAGUUGGGACCAAAAGCAUUACAACAAAAGAUCAGAGAGCACUACAAGAUAAAGGUCCACUAUAAGAGAGUAUAUAUGGGUAAGGAGCUAGCACUGAAACAAAUUUACGGCACAAGUUGA